AUGGCGAAUUCUUCGCCCUUCAUUCACAAGACCCUUGACCAGCCCUCGGAACAUGUUCUCUCAAGUCCAUUGAAGAGGGGGUGGUUAGGCUAUGCUGCGCCAAGUUCAAACGCCUAUGAUGAAAACGAUACCUACUGUCCUAACGAACCGGAGAACGAGAAUGAACAUAAUGACGAUUUCGACGAUGCCGAAUCAUACCAACAAGGUGCCAGCUCACCAUUCCAGUUUGAUGCACGCGAAGAUACCGUAGAUUUCCAGAAGCUGCGCGAAAUGCGACAGACCUCAUCCCAAUCACACCUACAACUUGAACCGCUAGAGGAGGAGAGCCCUGUAAGCUCUCCAUUCCGUCCACACCCAACAGAGGAGACAGUCGAUUUUCGAGAAUUGCGCGAGGUGCAACCUAUGUCACCAGGCUUGGACAAGCGACUGGCUCUGGGAGAGCCAAUGAGCUCCCCCUUCCGUCCUAACGCCAGUGAAGAUACUGCUGAUCUCCAAAAUAUGCACGAAGAGCAACAGUCUUCUCCUCUGCCAUGCCCACAACUUCAGCCAUUGGAGGAAGAGAGCCCGGGAAUUUCUCCGUUUCGGACUCAUAUCCGAGAAGAGACAGCGGGGUUUCAAAAACUGCGCGAGGUCCAGCCUAUGUCUCCUGGAUUAGGGGUACGGCUGGCUCUAGAGGAGCCUGCAAGCUCCCCGUUCCGGCCUGAUGCGCGGGAAGAGACGGUCGACCUUGAUCGCUUGCGCGAAAUGCAGAAUGACUCGCCAAUUUCUAAAGCACGGCCAUUGCCCGAUCCCGCUACUUCGCCUUUUCGCCACGAGGCAAGAAAUGUGGCAGCUGAUCCAUUGGAGCUCCGUGAGAUGCAACAAGGUCCACCAGUUGCGCCUGAGUUUUCCUCGCCUGUCGUGACACCGAAUUCAGCAAUCCGCCCUGAAGCACCAGAGACGGCUGAUCCACCGAAGUCACACGAGUUGAAGCAAAACUCACCAGUGGCAUCUAAGCGUUCAUCCUUUGCCGCGGAAUCGGGUUUGCCCAUUCGCGACGAAGCACCAGCGGCAGUUGAUUCUCCCCAUAUGCAUGCGCCUGCGGAGUCAUCGGUAGCAUCCAACUCGUCUUCCCCUAUUCCAGCACCUACUUCGUCCUUCCGGCUGAGUCUUAAGGAAAACAGCCUCAAUAUUCACAAGUCGCGCCAGGUUUCUCGUGCGUCGCUUGGGCGGAAUGACGAGCGCUCUAUUGCAGCAACUCCCCGCAAAAGAUCUUACGACGAAACACCCCAGGAUCCGGAGGAUGAUUUGCAGGAAAACGAGCGCCAUAAGAAGGGCAUGGUGAGCCGACCAGAUGCACCAGCGAUACACAUCGAUGUCGAAGAGGAGUCUAGUGUAUCUCAUGACAAGAGCGUCCUCUCCGCUACAAGUGCCGUCCACGACCGAUCAGCAAUUGGCAACAGCAUGAUAGAGGACAGGCACAACGAAGGGAUGAGCACAGUACUCCAGGAAGAUGGUGACAAAGAGAAUAUUUCACACGAGAAUUCGAUGGUCGACGACUCGAUAGAUGACACUUGCUUGAGCACAUUUUCCGCCAUGCCUGAUAUGACUACAUUUGCGAAGCUCCGCGCCCAGUCGCCGGUGAAGUCAAUGCGAGGCAGUGUCGCACCGAGCCCAGCUCCUAAUAUGGACGGACAUCGACGGAGUGUCGACCCAGCUACCCCAAGCGCAGGGCGCAGGGUAUAUAGAGCGAGCACCUAUCUAGAUGCAAACUCACCUAUGGGAUCGCCUACACCGAGACCACGAGGCCCUCGGGACAUGGCUCAUCCAGUUGACUCUGCCAAUCUCCUUGAUUUCACCGAUCAAAUGAACUUCUUCCCUCGUCAGUCCAUGUCGAGUGCCCGUUUCUCCCCCUCCCGACGUCCGCCCAUCCGAUCGGCGCGGCAAUCUAUUCGAUCUCCCGGGAAGAUGUCGUCACUGUUGGACUUCGAUAUUCCGGCUGCGCCUACCCCUCGAUCCAUUCCCUCGGUCACUCCCCGUGAAUUGGAGUCACUGAAGUCGGGUUUCUUGUCUGAUAUAUCUUCGCUCAAAGCCACCCUCAGCGGCAAAGAGGCUGAGGUUGCCAGCCUAAAGCAAGCAGUGGCAGACGCCGAAAGACGUGUCGGCGAAGCUCUAGAAGAAGUACGCAACGAAGCCGCCGGCAAGGAGGUACUGGAGAUGGAACAGGCCGAAUGGGAACGUCGAGUCAAUGAGAUGGAAACUGUCCUGCGGUCUGCCCGCUCCGAAUUAGUGGAGGGAGAGCGCGAACGUGACCGUCUGUCUCGAAAGGCCGACGAGGCCGAAAAAAGCAAGGAGAAGUUGGAAGGCAAAGUUGUCGAGCUGGAAAGCCAGCUUUCCGCUGCACGUUCUGCGGCUGUCUCUAGCACCAGUAAAGCUAGCUCAUCUCGCCAGCCUUCCAACUCGGCCGAAGACACUGCUCGAGAAGUUCAGGAUGCCGUUGAAAAGGUCGCUCGCGAGCUUCAUGUGCUCUACAAGGGCAAGCAUGAGACCAAGGUUGCAGCCUUGAAAAAGAGCUACGAGUCUCGCUGGGAGAAACGUCUGCGUGAGGCGGAGAAGAAGCUCACUGCCGCACGCCAGGAAAAUGAACAUCUCCGUGUUGAACUUGAUACUGCGCAAUCUGAUUCAAUGGCCGCGGCUAACACCAGUCUCUUCGCUCGCGAGAAUGAGGAGCAUGAGGCCGAGAAGCGUGUCAUGGAGGCCCAGAUCAAGGGCUUGCAGCGAGAGAUGGCUGCUCUGAAGGAUGAUACCGAGCGAAUUCGUGCAGACUUGGAGUCUGAACGCGCCGAGAAGGGCGAGCUUGUUGCCGCCGUUGACGAGUGGCUAGCUAUGCAGCAGGCGCCCGCUCCAUCUCAGCCUCGAGACCGCGAACCCUCUGUGGCAUCUUCUGUGCAUAACGAUCACAUUGAUGAGCCAGUAGCUCAGCCGGCCCACGAAGUUACCCCCGAUGACUUCCGUCGCAGUGUCAGUCGUUCUGUGUCUGGAAGCAUCCGUCCCCCCGCCACUACAGAGAAGCGAAUUCCUAGAUUCGGUGCUCCCGGCGGUCAUUCUCGCGGUAAUAGCGGUGGCAGAUCUGGCAUUGCAAUGCCUACUCCCGGCCGAGGCGGGAUCAUGAGUUCAAUCGAGAGGAUGGGCCGCGGUGGUGUUUAG